UGAUCUGUCAGUCAAACGGACCCGCCCCGUCUCUCCUCAGACGGGAAGCGCGCUGGUCACAACCUCUCCUGCAGCUGUGGAGCGGAUCGUCUGCGGCAUGACGCAGAACCAGCAAUCCCCAAUUCGGCCAAAAUGUGAAGGCUAAGCGGCUAUACACCGCUUCCAAAAAGUGGGUGUGCGACAGAAAACUUCUAGGGGAGCCUUAAAACUAUGCUUGGAGUUGUGAGUCGCGCGGCGCGGUGCGCACAAGUCUGUGCGUAAAAGUGAGCCAAAGGGGAUUUUUGUUCCCUCACCAUCCUGAUGAUACAAUCUGACUGAGGAGCAACGAAGUCCUGGAUGCGGUGAGAACCUGGACCAAAGUUUGAACUGAAGUGGAGCAACGCCGCCCCGCUAGAUCCUCCCGUCAUGCGCGGAGACGUUUUGGCGUCCAGCAUCUCAGCGGCCCGCACCUCCGCUUUUGGAGACGCUGCAGCUCUCUGAUGCCCCGAAAUUACUCCGAUUGAUUCUCGUUUACACCCCCCACUGUCUACCUCUUAUCAUGGACGAGAGUGUCGAGUGCGCUCCGACCGACGGCGGGCCGGACGGGGACAGCAUCAGCCUCAGCGUGCUCAACUGGGAGCAAGUGCAGAGACUGGACACCAUCCUGACCGGCUCCAUUCCCAUCCACGGCCGAUGGAACUUCCCCACCCUGGAGGUGAAGCCGCGGGAUAUCGUCAAGGUGGUCCGGAGCCGCAUGGAGGAGAAGCGGAUCCACGUCCGGGAGGUGCGACUCAACGGAUCCGCGGCCAGCUACGUCCUGCACGAGGACAGCGGGCUGGGAUGGAAAGAUCUGGACCUCAUAUUCUGCGCCGAGCUGAAGGGAGAGAUGGAGUUUCAGAUAGUCAAGGAGUUAGUUCUAGACUCGCUUCUGGACUUCUUCCCCGAGGGAGUGAAUAAAGAAAAGAUCACACCAGUGACCUUAAAGGAGGCCUACGUGCAGAAGAUGGUGAAGGUCUGCAACGACUCCGACCGCUGGAGUCUCAUCUCGCUCUCCAACAAUCGUGGCAAGAACGUGGAGCUCAAGUUCGUGGACUCCCUUCGCCGGCAGUUUGAGUUCAGCGUGGAUUCUUUCCAGAUCCGUCUGGACUCCCUCCUGCUCUUCUACGAAUGCUCCGAGCACUCCAUGGCCGCCACGUUCCACCCGACGAUCCUCGGGGAAAGCGUCUACGGCGACUUUCCGACCGCCUUAGAUCACCUGCGCAAGCGCCUGAUCUGCACUCGCAGCCCGGAGGAGAUUCGCGGAGGCGGUCUGCUGAAAUACUGCCACCUGCUGGUCCGGGGCUUCCGCGCAGCGUCGGACACCGAGAUGAAACUUUUGCAGCGGUACAUGUGCUCGCGCUUCUUCAUAGAUUUCCCCGACGUGAGCGAGCAGAGGAGGAAGCUGGAGUCGUAUCUCCACAACCAUUUUGUAGACCUGGAGGACAGAAAGUACGACUAUCUAGCGACGCUGUACGACGUGGUGCAGGAGAGUACUGUGUGCCUGAUGGGACACGAGAGGCGGCAGACGCUUAGCCUCAUCUCCUCGUUGGCGCUCCGUGUCCUGGCGGAGCAGAACGCCAUCCCCAACGCCGCUAACGUCACCUGCUUCUACCAGCCAGCCCCUUUCGUCUCAGACGGCAACUUUAGCAACUAUUACAUCGCGCAGGUUCAGCCGGUCUACUCUUGUCCACCCUCACAUCUCCAGCACUACCUUUCUACAUUGCAGCAUCCCAUGUAUGCCACCUGGUUGCCCUGUAGCUAAGUUUUCUGUCUGCCCAUGCACUUUUUUUUUUUUUUUGGAACUGGUGGAACUCAUGGCCACAUGAAAGAGAUGUUCCUGAGAAAAAAAGGCCAAGAAUCUGGAUCAGGGAGUGGAUUUUGGUACCACAGCAGGAAGAGACGAGCACAUUGUGCCGGAGAGAUACUGACUGGGCAUCUGAGCUGCAGCAACCCAGAUGUGGGUUCUGAAUUUUGUCUCACAGGAAUUCCCAUUUGACCAAAAUACAAUCCAGAAUUAACAGAGGAUCCUGAUAGUAUUCAGUUGGCUUAAAUGUUGUUUGUAUGCAGAGGCUUUUCACAGAAGGGGAACUGAAUACUGUUUACACGUCCAAACAUUUACUUCGAUACUGAAGUUUUUCUGAACCGAAAGCAAACGAAUAAACAACAAACCAAUGCAUGA